CUGUCUGUCUCUCCCCACCUGUCUGUCUGCCUCCACUCGCAGCGGCUCUCUCCCAGCAGCAGCAGUGAUGCUGAGGAGACCCAGUGAAGCGGCUCCGGUCCUAGACCCCACGCGGAGUUGGUCUGUCUGUUUCCCUGUCUGUCUGACUGGACCCUGGUGGGCCCCGUCCUCCCAGCAUGAACCCCCUGAACCAGAUGAAGGCUGGACUGGCCAACAACCCCCACAGUGAGGGUUCAUACCCCUAUGACCCCUCCAGCUGGCAGCAGCCCACCAAUCAGCCCACAGGAUCCCUCUCCGUGGUAACCACUGUCUGGGGAGUGACCAAUCCGUCAGCCAGCCAGGGUCUCGGUGGAGGGGUCAUGGGCCCCGGAGCCAAUCCAACUGGGGGGCACAUGAUGCAGGGCCCAGGGGGGCCGGGCAUGGCCGGUGGGCCCGGAGGGUACAUGGGCCAGCAGGGCUAUGGCGAGCCCAGCAAAAGCUAUAUGAGCCAGGGCAUGUAUGGCCGGGCGACUGGGGGUUACGCUGGAGGACCAGGACAGGGAGGCUAA